AAAAAAAAAGACCCAGAACUUAGAGAGACAGAGAGAGAGAGAGAGAGAGAUUCUGGAGAGGCCGAUCUAGAUUUUAAAUUUUUGUUGUUGUUGUUGUUGUUGCUGUUAGGGAUUUCUGGGUGUGAAAGUCUGUAGAAAGAGCUCUCUACUGUUGGGCUUUUUGUCCACUAUUUUCGCCUAAAAAUAGAUUAGUUUACCUCAUAAUGGCAAGGAAAUGGAACUCUGUCCAGUAUCUGUGUUCAAUAUUGUUUGUGGAAUCAUGUUCAUCUAAGAAGCUGUUUGGUUAUAUAUAAUUUUGGCAAGAGGUUUGAAAAUUUGAAAAAUCACAAAGUGUUCUCUCUCAUUGGAAUAAAUUUUAAUCUACUAGAAGAAGGGUUUGUCGAAACAUGGGUUACAUAUGUGAUUUCUGUGGGGAGCAAAGAUCGAUGGUGUAUUGCCGAUCAGAUGCGGCCUCCUUAUGUUUGUCCUGUGACCGCAAUGUCCAUUCUGCAAAUGCCCUUUCGCGACGUCAUUCCAGGACCCUUGUGUGUGAAAGAUGCAAUUCACAACCUGCAUUCGUUAGAUGUGUUGAAGAGAGUAUUUCUCUUUGUCAGAAUUGUGAUUGGUUGGGGCAUUCUGGCUCUACCUCAGGUUCAACACAUAAGAGGCAAGCAGUUAAUUGUUAUUCCGGUUGCCCUUCGGCUUCGGAGCUCUCUUCAAUCUGGUCAUUUGUUUUAGAUAUUCCUUCUGUGGGUGAUUCUACGUGUGAAAAUGGUCGGAGUUCGAUGAGCAUUACUGACAACAGCCUGACAAAUGUUGGCGGCUCUUUGCAAAGUGAUGAUGGGCAAGAUGGGUCUGUCUUAGUUGAAGGGAAUGAUGUAAAGAAUAUUGAUAAGUCGAGUGUUUGGAUGGGGUCAUCUUCAAUGCCUCAACUGAACAUCAAGCCACAAAAUUUAGAGCAACCGUUGGGAUUGGCAAGUUCAACUUCAUCCAAGAUGUGCUGUCCUGGAACAAAAGCACCUGGUCUAUGUGAAGACGAUGGAUUCUAUGAGGAUUUUAAUAUGGAUGAAGUUGACUUGAAUAUUGAGAACUAUGAAGAACUAUUUGGUGUAGCUAAUCCAUUCGGUAACGAUGGAAUUGACAGCUUGUUUGGAGUGAAGGAAAUGUCUAGUGCUGACUUGAACUCUCAGGGCUAUGCUGCUGAGGGGUCAUCAAUUGGAUUGGUUAGUGCAAUGCAUCCAGAUUGCAGCACUGCGGCAUCUGCUGAUUCUGUGAUGAGCUCUAAAACUGAGCAAAACCUUUGCUAUACAAGGCAACAAUCCAACCUCUCAUUUUCUGGUAUUACUGGAGAGAGUGGUGCUGGAGAUUAUCAAGACUGUGGUGCGUCUUCAAUGCUUCUCAUGGGAGAGCCUUCAUGGUGCUCUCCGUAUCCUGAAAGUUCUUGUCCUUCAAGUAGCAGAAGUAGUGCUGUUUUGCGGUACAAGGAAAAGAAGAAGGCACGCAAAUUUGACAAGAAGGUUAGAUAUGCCUCUCGCAAGGCCAGGGCUGAUGUAAGGAGGCGUGUGAAGGGUCGCUUUGUCAAGGCUGGUGAUGCUUAUGAUUAUGACCCAUUGAGUCAAACAAGGAGCUGCUGAGAGCACAAUUUCAUACCAUUCUUACGAGGAAAAGAGUGAUCGAUGUUAAGUUGGAAAUAAUUUGACAAAUUGUGUAAAGGUGAAUGUUGAAUGCUCUUUCUCAUUGAUUUACCAAUGAAAUUCAAGACGAGAAAUCUGAUUCUCUAACAGCAGAAAGAAUGGAUGAAUCAAUGAAGUGUGAAUUGCUGUUUACUCUCUUAAGCGUGAUUUAUCCCUCUUGUCUGAGAGGAAGUCUGCAUGCUUUUCUCAGUUGGAACCGUGCUGAGUGUACGCUAUGUGAACUAUUUCUCUUAAAAAUUUUGUUCUUGUAUUAGUUGCGUCUCUAAACUGUGACCUUGGUAUGAUCGGUAACCAAAUUCAGUUGCCAGGUCAGACUGAAAGCUUCUUCGUGUAAUAUUCCUCUGCUAUUUCUAUGUGACUCUGUAUAGUUCAGGAUCAAUGCUUAGAUUAGCUAGGAAAGGGCACGAUAGGUGCCAAAAUGCAGUUUGUCAGAAAUUACUAGCAAUUGUAAUUUCUCUCUGUUUUUCAGCUGGCAUGUAAAGCAUAAAUCAUUACACUCUAGUUGGUGGAGAAUCGCAGUAUGUAAUAAUCGUAGUUUGUAAUAAACGUGUAGCAGUUUGUUUAGCACUGAUGAAAUUUUGCUUGUCUGACUUAUCGUGAAGAGGUUCUCAUUGAUAAA